GCACGUGCCACACGCAAAUAGGUACAAGAUGCUCUAGGCGCAGAGAGCUCUGUAAACCAACUUACCCAACUCUCUCUCUCUCUCUCUCUAAAUUCUCUCUCUAAAUUCGUCGAAGAAGAGAGAGACAGGCGAUGGGCGAGGCUGAGGAUCUUCUGCUCAAGGAUUUCUUGGCUGAAGUCAGCGAAGUCGAGAGAGACAACGAAGUGGCCAGGAUUCUUUCAUGCUUCAAGUUAAAUCCUUUUGAGCAUCUGAACCUUCCCUUUGAUUCAGCCCCAGAUGAUGUGAAGAAACAGUACAGAAAGAUAUCAUUGCUGGUUCAUCCAGAUAAGUGCAAGCAUCCACAAGCAAAGGAAGCUUUUGCAGCAUUGGCUAAGGCUCAGCAGUUAUUGCUUGAUCAGCAAGAGAGGGAAUACCUUCUUAUUCAAAUUAAUUCUGCAAGAGAUGAAUUGAGAGCCAAGAGGAAGAAACAAUUAAAGAAAGACACUGCUUCUAAAUUGAAGUCGUUGGUUGAUGAGGGAAAAUAUGAGCAACAGUAUGAACGGUCUGAAGAGUUUCAGCAGCAACUAAAGAUGAAAGUACGUGAAAUACUAACUGAACAAGAAUGGCGUCGCAGGAAAAUGCAAAUGAGGAUAUCAGAAGAGGAAGGUCGAUUGAAGAAAGAUGAGGAAGAAGCAAAGGAAAUGUGGAAAAGAAAACGUGAGCAUGAGGAACAGUGGGAGGGAACAAGAGAGGAGAGGGUUUCGAGCUGGAGAGACUUUAUGAAGGCAGGAAAGAAGGGUAAGAAAGGGGAGAUUCGACCGCCUAAGCUCAAGACUGAAGAUCCAAAUAGGUCGUAUGUGCAAAGGCCAGUAAAACGAGGUUGAGAGAGAGAGAGAGAGAGAGAGAGAGAGAGAGAGUGGACGAGGUA